GAUCAACAAUGGGUAGAUACAGUGUUAAAAGAUAUAAGACUAAAAGAAGAACCAGAGACUUGGAUCUCAUCUAUGAUGAUAUUUCUUCUAAAGAAAGCAUAAUUAAGUUAAAGAAUCAACCAUUAGAUGAAGAUAAACCUGGUUUAGGUCAAUACUAUUGUGUACAAUGUGCCAAAUACUUUGAGAAUCAACUCACAUUAGAUCGUCAUACUAAAGCUAAGGUUCAUAAGAGGCGAGUUAAGGAAUUGAAACAACGUCCUUACACUAAUUUAGAAUCGGAAGCUGCUAGUGGAGUGAACAUGCUUAAAUUUAUAGAGUCAGUGGAGAAAUACAAGCAAUUGGAGCAAUUUAAAAAGGAUAAUGAAACUGAGUUUGAAGCUUUGGCUAAUCAAAAGAAAGAUAAUUUAGAUGCCAUUAUUACUGGUGUUCCUUCAGAAGAAUUCCAAAAGAAAGCUGAAGGUACUACUGAAAUAACUGAAGUUGAAACUCAGAAGCAAGCAUUAGCUGAAGAUGCUGAAAUGUCAUGAUUUAUAAAUAAAUACUUAUCUUCUGUUAUAGACAGAUUCUGCAUGUCACGUUAUCUUUCUUCUUUUCUUUCUUUAUUUCCUUUAUUUCCUCUAUUCUUUUAUUCAUUCAUUCAUCCUUACUUACCUAUUCUUCAUUCAUUGUAUAUUAGUUGCAUUCAGUUCUAGGUUAUCAUAUUUAAUAUCUGUUUGAUUAUUCUUAUUUAUUCCCAUGAAUAAAUUAUAGCAUUAUAGGC